AAUGGACAAGUGAACGUCGAAUAAUUUUUGUGUUUAUUUUAAGUGUUUGAAUCAAUUAUCUAAAUUUUAUCAGUAAAAUUAAGAAUAAAGUAGUAUUAAAGUGAUUAUAAAACAUAUUUAACAUACGAAAACACAAAAAUAUCUGCUUAAAGCUAGAUUUUCAUUCAUAUCAUCAUAAAACAACGACGUCGUCCAUUAUUGUGAAAGAAAUUUUUAAUGAGUGAUUAAAAUUCUGAAUCAAUGACUCGAUUUUCGAACAUCAAUUAUCUAUUAUGGAAACAGAAUCUGUGAAAUCGGAGAGGAGCAGUAAAUCUCAUCGAAGUCGUAGUUCGGGAAUUGUUAGAAAUUCUAGACAUUCACACAGAAGCAAUCAUUCAUCGAAAAAUAAACGAGAAAUGGCACCAUUUCAGACCAGUGUAAAUUUAACAACAGAAGAUUCCCGCGAUGGACAUGGACAAGAAGUUAUCGAAGUGCAAAUUCUUCCGCAAGAUGAGAAUUGGGGCACAGAGACUCAUGUAACUGGAAACACCUCGGAACAAAGCAUAUCAAUGGAAGACGUUAAUAAUUGGCCCAUGACUAGUAAUGGUGGGAGCUUCGCAUGUCAAAAACAUAUGGAAAGAGUAAUUUCCUUAAUAUUUUGUAUGACUGCCUUCUGUAGUCCUAUCGCCAUGGCCCUUCUACCAAAGCUUGGGUUUUUCCCAUCAACAUUUCAAAAUGAAGAAUUAAAUCAACUAACAAAAAUUCAACUUUUGGCAUGCAAUGCGGAAUGCAAAGGUUUAAUUGUGACAUUAACAACUCGUCAGAUUCUUCUUGGAAUUGGCUUAUGGGCGCUUUUCUUUCGACAACCCACCGCAAUAAUGCCGAGAAUUUUUCUCUUCCGCUCGAUUGUCUUGCUGCUAGUUGUCAUAUCAACUUUCUCAUACUGGCUGUUCUACAUCGUGCAAGUCACUGAGAGUAUUACUAAAGCCAUUGUCGAUGGAACUGAAGCUUCCAAUUAUAAGACGCUCGUUUCGUAUGCCAUCAACUUCAGUGACACUUUAUUAUUCAUUCAUUAUGUUGCUGUCAUUCUACUUGAAGUUCGUCAUCUUCAGCCAACAUAUUAUGUUAAGGUAAUCAGGUCGCCAGAUGGUGAAUCAAGAAGCUACGCCAUUGGUCAAUUAUCAAUUCAAAGAGCUUCUGUUUGGAUCUUGCAAAAAUAUUACACCGACUUUUCCAUCUAUAAUCCAUAUUUGGAAAGAAUUCCACUGUCGAAACAACAACGAAAAGCAUUAUCAACAAGCUUCAAAUAUUACGAUGUCGAUGGAGCAGCAAUAACUCAACAACAACAAUCGCAAAGAGCUGUUCUUGCUGCUCAUGCACGUAGACGUGAUUCAUCGCACAAUGAAAGAUUCUAUGAAGAACAUGAAUAUGAAAGAAGAGUGAAGAAACGAAGAGCUCGUUUAAUAACCGCUGCUGAAGAAGCUUUCACACACAUUAAGCGUGUCCAUGAUCAAUCAGUGUUGAAUAGCCUCGAUUCACAUGAAGCUGCUGCUUCUGUUUUCCCAUCACUUGCGAGAGCUCUACAAAAAUAUCUUCGUGUGACUCGUCAACAACCGCGACAUACUGUGGAAUCGAUUCUCAAACAUCUCGCUCAUUGCUUGAAGAACGAUUUGUCACCGCGUGCAUUUUUGGAACCGUAUUUGGUUGAAAAUCCAAUUCUGCAGAAUGAGAAAGAACGUCAUGAUCAAUCGUGGUCAUUGAUCUGCGAUGAACUUUUAUCGCGUCCGAUAUUUGACAAAUGCGUCUUUCAAUUGGUUCAAAGCGAUGUCUCUUUGACGAAAAUGCAUUUAACUUGCACAUUGCAGUACAAUAAUGAAAUCAUUUCAAGUACUUAA